AUGGAUAUCCCUCACCUAAAUGGACAGCAGAGGACUUACGAGUUUGACUACAUUUACCUGAGACUCUCAUUUCCUUCAUUUUACAACAGCUACAAGAAGUCUUGCUGUAAACUGUAUCCAGGAGGCUGCUACAAGCUGUUGGACAGUUCGGGAUAUACCUGUGAAUUACUGAAAGGACGAGUGACCAAAACUGAAAAAGAUGGCUGGAUUGAAUUUAGAAUAUCAAAUGUGCAAUUUGUGGAUGGAGGCUUUUACAGAUGUGUAGUGCUAGGAACCCCAAACCAGAUCUACAGGGACUAUUAUGUAGAGUUGUCUGAAGUUUCACAUCACUUUAGCCAGUCUCAGCCUCCGAUCACAGGAACCAUCACAGCCCCCGGUACCUCAAUAACACUCCCAGACUCCACUGGGCCCGCUGUAGCAGAGGACCACAGUUACAGCAACAGAGUCUCCUGGAGUUUUGGAUUGCCGCUGGUUGUCAUUGUGUCGAUUACAGUGAUGAUGUUCAUCACUUUAGUGACUGGCAUUGUUUGCUGCAGAGUCAGGGCAAAAUGUAAACAGUCGGACAAAUAUGGAAAAACUCAUUGUGAGUCACUGAAGCAAGAAGCGUCGGAAAUGGGUGGCAUAGUCUACACAGUGGUGGACUUCAGAGCUCUGCAGAAGCCUGAAGAGGUGUAUGCAAAUGUGAGGCUGCACAAAGCACGAGCAGGAGCCACUGACAUAGAGCAUGCUGGGACGGUGGAAUACUCCACACUGGCAAUCCAACCGUGAAUUUGAGUGUUCAGAUUUUAAUGUCUGACCCCAUUUAAUUCUCACAAUGUAUUUUUGAAAGGUUUUUCUUUUUGUGUCAGUUUAGAGAUUUAAAGAGCCUUUAACCACCAGGUAGAGAAGGAAUUGUUUGCAUUAUGGAAAAAUGUACGAUCCAUAAUUUUUGGA